GGAAUGAAACAAACUCCAGAAUUGACUAAAGUUCAGACAGUAAGCUAUUGGAGGAGAGCAAUGGCAAUGAGCUGAGCUUAGGGCCAACGAGACUUGGUCAUUUACAGUUCGAUUGCUGGCGAAGACGGAUGCAAGCAGUAAAGCCGUAAAGACGUGAAGCCGUGUUUUGCAGUCCGUGUUGGGGGAAAACUUAUACGAAAGUUGACGCGACCGUGGUGAAGUUGAAGUGAAGUUGCGUGAAGGAAAGUGAAGUGGAGUGGAGGUGUAUUGAAGCCGCCGCCGGAGUGAUUAUAGUGAAAGUUCAAUGAAAAAAUUUUUGCAUGCAAUCAAUUGUGAUAAAUUAGUUUUCUAAAAUAAAUACAAAAAAAGCCCAACCAAUAAAAAAUAUAAAUUAAAAAAUGCAAAAUCAAUCGAACCGUGUCAAAAUGUCAUCGCCAAACAACAACAAAAACAACAGUCAUCGGACUUUAAGCCGCAAUCAACAACAAUUUACCUACAACACGCUGUUGCUCAGCAUAUUUGCAUUGAUUUGGCCAGUCGAUGGUUUCAACUUUGCAAAUCAACCGAAUAUUGCAAUUCCAGCGCCACAGCAUUUGAAAUUCUUCAAACCACAAACACGCAGUUCCUAUUUCGGUUACACGCUGGUGAUGCGACCAACGAGUGAAUAUGAAUAUGCACAGCCUACCCAGGGACAACUAGUGCAUUGCGAGUCUCAAGUCAACAAGUUUCUUCCUGAGAUAACUACUU